CAUUACCAGGUCGGCCUCCUCCAGGCGCGGCCAGAGCUAGCCAGCCCGCUCCCUGCCUGCCGCCCCAAGCCCGCAGCGCUCCCAGGGCCCCGCCUGAGUGCCACGCGGCGGAGCCCAGCCCAGGCCGGCGCCCGGAAUCCCCGCGCCACCCCCCCACGUGAGUGCGCUCUGCGCGCGGGACCGAGCUUCGGCGUGUCCCCAGAACCUCCGGAGUCCCUCUCUCCAGCCGCACCCAUGCUUCUGGCGCGAAUGAACCCACAGGUGCAGCCGGAGCUCGGCGGGGCGGACCUGCUGCCCGAGCAGCCCCUGGGGCCCUGCAAGACCGCCGAUCUGCUGGUGGUGAAGGAGCGCAACGGCGUCCAGUGCCUCCUGGCGUCCCAGGGCGGCGACGCGCAGCCCCGGGAGACUUGGGGCAAGAAGAUCGACUUCCUGCUGUCUGUGGUCGGCUUCGCGGUGGACCUGGCCAACGUGUGGCGCUUCCCCUAUCUCUGCUACAAGAACGGUGGUGGUGCCUUCCUGAUCCCUUAUACACUGUUCCUCAUCAUCGCUGGGAUGCCUCUGUUUUACAUGGAGCUGGCUCUGGGGCAGUACAACCGGGAGGGGGCAGCCACAGUGUGGAAGAUCUGCCCUUUCUUCAAAGGAGUGGGCUACGCUGUGAUCCUUAUUGCCCUCUAUGUUGGAUUUUACUACAACGUCAUCAUUGCCUGGUCACUCUACUACCUCUUUGCAUCCUUCACCUUGAACCUACCCUGGACCAACUGUGGCCAUGCCUGGAACAGUCCCAACUGCACUGACCCCAAACUCCUCAAUGCCUCGGUGCUGGGCGACCAUACCAAAUACUCCAAAUACAAGUUCACACCGGCUGCAGAGUUUUAUGAGCGUGGUGUCCUGCACCUGCAUGAGAGCGCUGGGAUCCAUGACAUCGGCCUGCCCCAGUGGCAGCUGCUGCUCUGCCUGAUGGUCGUCAUUGUCGUCUUGUAUUUCAGCCUCUGGAAAGGAGUGAAGACGUCGGGAAAGGUCGUGUGGAUCACAGCCACCCUGCCUUACUUUGUGCUAUUUGUGCUCCUGGUCCACGGUGUCACACUGCCUGGAGCCUCCAAUGGCAUCAACGCCUAUCUACACAUUGACUUCUACCGCCUCAAAGAGGCCACGGUAUGGAUUGAUGCUGCCACUCAAAUAUUUUUUUCUCUGGGAGCUGGAUUUGGAGUUUUGAUUGCAUUUGCCAGUUACAAUAAAUUUGACAACAACUGUUACAGGGAUGCCCUGCUGACCAGUACCAUCAACUGUGUCACCAGUUUUAUUUCUGGGUUUGCCAUCUUCUCCAUCCUUGGUUACAUGGCCCAUGAGCACAAGGUCAAGAUUGAGGAUGUUGCCACUGAAGGAGCUGGCCUUGUGUUUAUCCUGUAUCCAGAAGCCAUCUCCACUCUGUCGGGAUCUACGUUCUGGGCUGUCCUGUUCUUCUUGAUGCUCUUGGCUCUGGGGCUAGACAGCUCAAUGGGAGGCAUGGAAGCAGUCAUCACAGGACUGGCCGAUGACUUCCAGGUCCUGAAGCGACACCGGAAACUCUUCACGUUUGGUGUCACCAUCGGUACCUUCCUUCUGGCCAUGUUUUGCAUAACCAAGGGAGGAAUUUAUGUCCUCACUCUGCUGGACACCUUCGCAGCAGGCACCUCCAUUCUGUUUGCGGUGCUUAUGGAAGCUAUCGGGGUUUCCUGGUUUUAUGGUGUGGACAGGUUCAGCAAUGACAUCCAGCAGAUGAUGGGCUUUAAGCCAGGCCUGUACUGGAGACUGUGUUGGAAGUUCGUGAGCCCCGCCUUCCUCCUGUUUGUGGUGGUGGUCAGCAUCAUCAACUUCAAGCCGCUCACCUAUGAUGACUACGUCUACCCUCCCUGGGCCAACUGGGUCGGGUGGGGCAUCGCCCUCUCAUCUAUGAUCCUGGUGCCUGCCUAUGUCAUCUACAAGUUCUUCAGCAUAAGGGGCUCCCUUUGGGAGAGACUGGCCUAUGGGAUCACACCAGAGAAUGAGCACCACCUGGUGGCCCAGAGAGACGUGAGACAGUUCCAGUUGCGGCACUGGCUGGCUAUCUGAACCUGGCCCUUAGGAGGAGGAACCCAUGUGCCAACGUCCAGGUUAAGGGCAUCUCAUGGCCCCCAUGUGGACACCACCUUGGGGUUCCUCUCCUGGAAGAUGCCUUUCCCAUCCCUCUUGCUUUCCUGGUUACUAAUGACUCUGUGACUUUGGUUUUUGUUCACCUUCUGUUUAUCUGGCCCGGAGGCAGCAAGUGUGGAGAACUAGUGGACCUUGAGGAAAAGGAUGAAAGGAGGCAAUGAGACAUGCCUCUGGAACUCUGGCUUGUGAGCAAUCUCACCGCAUUGGGAGCAUACCUGAAUUUGCCUGUACCUCUGGUCAUGGAAGAAAUCUUCAGUUCAUCAAGGCUGAGAAAAGAUUGGCUUUUGGUUAGAUAUCAAAAGCCCAACCAAAGCCUGAUGGGCUCUGUGUGGGAGCCAAAAUGUAGUUACCCCUCUCUGUCCAUCUAGUCCCCACACUGGGAUCUGAGCCUCUGUUUGGGAAUGUGGGGGGUAUUUGCACCUAAAACGCGGCUGGUAGAUGUUUUGGGGGAGGGGUUGAGCAGAAACUCUCUGACUUAGUUUUCUAGUUAAUUAGUCAAUUAAGAUUGGUUUUGGAAUUUCUAGAAUAUUACUUUACUGACUUCUGGUAUUUGGAUAGUCCCAAACCAGAUAGUCUAGGAAGGUGGUGACUGCUAGACGAAUCCCGUCUGGUCCUGGGGAUUGAAGCAGGGUCUCCCUGAAGCCCAUAUGUGUGCCCAUCAUAGAGAUCUCUGUCCUGUGGGGCCAGGUGGGGCCAGGUGGGGCCAGGUGGGGCCAGGUGGGGCCAGGUGGGUGUCAGGCUGCCAUGGUUCAUUUUGGGCUGCAAACACUUCCCAAGCCUUUCCCUGGGAAUCUCAACAGACAGGAAUCAGAUCUAUUGGCCGAGAGCAGCCUGUUUCUUCAUUGGCUGGACUUGGCUCUUGGAGGGCACGAUGGACUGAUGACAUCGCAGCACAACCAGCCCCUCAUGUCCAGGGAGGAUAUUCUGACUGGAGGGGGCAGGUAGAUAGGGUCAGAAAGUUUCUAGGUCCACUAGUGAUGCGAACUUGCAACUAGUGCCCUCCAGUGGUUAGUUUUGGUUCAUUGAGGGAAAAGGAUGUUUUGGUAAAUUGAUGGCAUCUCCUUGGGAUUUACAUUUAUGGUUAGAGUCACUUAUGCCCUUAUAUGGAAUACAAAAUCAUUAGGCUGCCAUUGUGAUAGUGUGAAUCCCCUUUACAGUUUGUGUGUGUGUGAUAUGAAAGGGGGGAAAAAAGGACCACAGUACUUACUGGGGCCAUGUAGGAAGCUCACGGAGAAACUAGGAGGUCUAUGUCCCAUGGAGGCUGUAAGAAGAAGCCAGGUGAGGUCAUCUGGGAAUGGGAGAUGAUUUACUCUGAGGUCCCCCAAAUUUUCCUGCUGAACCGCAUCCUUGAGUCAUUCCUUAGAGAAAAUCUAUGGACUUUUGAUUCCUCCAUGUAAGAAGGCCCGCUCAGCUCAAGGCAUCCCUUGUUGGCCACUGUCUUGGAGCACUGGGGAAGGAGAGACUGCUCCUCUCCACUGCAGCCUAGGUACAAGCCAGAGCCCUGUUAGCAAACAGCCUCAACACCUCUCCGGUGUAGUGAUUCCUUUCCAGCUGUUGCCUGUGAAAUAUGUCACUGUUAUUAUUCAAACAACUCUCAACCACAUUGCCUCCCAGCUGCCCGUAGAAAGAAAGGCUGCUUCCUAUCUUCUCAUUUCCCUGGUGAGAAGAUAGAGUCUCAGCUCCCAAGAGAUCAGAGCGCACCCUCUAUUACUAUCCUGUCUUCACAGUACGGAGCACCAGGGCACUCCCUGCUUACUCCACCCAAGGCCGUCACCAAACACAGAGUCCCACGUGAGGGGAAGGAGUGUUUCUUAGCAGAAGAACAGUGAUUUGGGAGAAGGGUAGUGUUGCGAAUCCCAUCCUACUGACUCCCUGAGAGGUACUGUCCACUCCUUUGGCGACAGUUGUCAUCUUGUGAACAGUGGGACCUGGGAAAUGAGAGUCCACCUGGCUGUCACGAGUGCACGUGCUCAGAAAGCCUGGGUGCCCUUGAUCAGCACAGCCCGCCAUGUUCUCUUGGCUCUCCGGGUGGCCUCUUUGCCUGCAGACGUUGAACUGACCUGUGGUGCUAGCCGAGUGAACCCCAGACUAAAGCAAUGGUGCUGCUUUGAAGUUGGCUCCUGAGACGUGGGCGAGUGGCUCUUGGCUCCAAGCGCAGGUGCUCUAAUGCGGGGGAGAUACGCUGGGGCCCCCAGAAGGCCCCUGGAGGUCCUCACGAAGGUGCUAGGAGGUCACCUGUCCUCACCUUUCCAUCCACACUGGCUGCAGGAAGGUGGUGGUUAGUGCUUUAUCGUAAGUAACACUUGCCUUCUCUGUUGUGACAUUUCUUUUAAUAGUGUGGGUUACCCAGGACCAGCAUGUUCCUGAGUACUGUCUAUGACACUUGGCACUUUUGAUAUUUUACCGGAUCUUAGAGGAUUGUUUUCUCUGAGAUGUGAGACGGUUUUUAAAGACCAUUACUGUUGCUCAGCCCUAACUGCCAGUCUUCACUCUAGAUUCAAGUGAGACAGAAGAGAGAAUGAUCCUAACCCACCCCAGACAUCCUGCUUAACAAAGGUCCCUACACUGCCUUAAUUCUCAGAGGGAGUUCCUUCCCAGUGGAGGUAACAUCAAGACUGACAUGUUCUGACCAAAGAAAUCAUUUCUACCCCAUUAAGCUCACUUCAUGUGUUUGUUCAUUUCUUUUGAAAACUGGAGAGGGGAAGUGAUCAAAACGGGUGUCUGGUAUGGUGGGAGCGGCACAGCAUUGAUGAGUAGUGCUCAUUAGGAUUGAUUAGCAGUUGGAACACAGUCCAUUAGCUGUGGCUUGACAGGGGAGCUUUACAUCUUUGGGUUGCAGGGAGUUGGGCCUGUAAAAAUCAGGGGUUUGAUGAAGACACACUCAAUUGAAAACAUGAACAAAAGCAAAGCACAAGGUCAUCCUUGUGUUAAAGUUGCAAUGAAGGAAGCAUGUUCCAUAGGGCAAGAAGCUUCCCAAAGUAACCCCAUGACUGGCCAUCUAUUGGGCUUAGAAAUAGAGACUUCUGGCCUGCAGAGCUUUGAUAUUUUCUUAUGUCCAGUAGGUCCUCUUUGUCAGAAUUUUUUUUUCCAGUUGAUGCCAGAAAGACUUGGUAUUUGAGAAGAAGUCCAGGCCUUUCCAGUUGCCAUGUGGGUGGCAUUAAGAAGACAGGGGGUGUUGCUCUGCCCUGUGUUGGCAAGUCUGGGGACCCGCAGCUCUGCCCAUAAGCAGUUCUCCUGGCCUUGGUUGGUGACUGUGAACUUGUGGGGUGCCUUUCCUCGCUCCACUGUCUCUACUUCUGUGUAAAUAGGAUUGUUUCAAUCGCAUCUUCUCUGUGUCUAUGACUGUUCUCAUAUCACGAGAAUCUCUGCGUCUGCUUUGGAUUUAUUUUGAAAGUUUUUCUCUUCAUGGAAAAAAAUGUACAGUAUAAUAAAAGAUAUUUCCUGUG